UUACCAUCUAUGUGGAAAAAAAAAAAGAGAAAAAAAGAAAAAUAGCCUCUUAAGUAUCCCAAACAUGGGCUAGAGGUGUAGGCAUUCCUAACUGUUGCCUCACGUUUUAGUUAAAACUUAAACCCUGACCUGCUGGUGAAGCCAUCUUUGGCAUUGUUCACAUGAUCGUGUGUGUGUAUAUAUAUUUAUAUUAUACAUAGAGUCUUGGGAUGGAUGAGAUAAGCCGAACGCAGUACAAAGGCAAAGAGCUUGGGGGAUGAUGAUGAUGAUGAUGGCCGGCCAAAACAGCAACAGGUGAGCCUCCCUCUAGACUCAGAGAUCAAAGCUGAAUAAAAGCCACGCCACACCCUCUUCUCAAUAUUUAGCUCCUCUCUCUCUCUUUGUGCAUCUCCGGCCGCCCUGCUUCUUGGUCGCCGCCAUGAACCAGAAGGCCAGCAUUUCCCAGCAGCUUAAUGCCAGGCACAGAAAGAGAUGGAGAAGGCGGUGAUUUUCUCCCAAAUACAUUGAAAUGAAAAAGUUAGAUGAGAGAAUGGAUGUGGAAGAAACCAAUUUUCUAGUGCAUUUGUUCUUGAAGUUAAUGAUGUGGUUGAGACAAUUCCUUUCUGUGGAGGGGAGUCCAGUGGUGAUAUCCUAUUUUAGAAAUAGUAGCAAGUCAAAGAUGUAAAUAUAUAUAGAUAGGAUAAAAUAAACAAUUUGAUCACAUCAUUUCAGAAAACCCGUAAAGCUAAUUUAAUUAGCUGAAGUUACAUUCAGGCUGCCUGAAAGCUAUUUGCUAUUUGGUUUCUGAGAAGGAUAUUGGAUGGGCUUCUUAAGUUACCAGAGAACAGAGAAUGCGCAGACUGCAAAAGCAAAGGGCCAAGAUGGGCUAGUGUGAACCUGGGUAUCUUCAUUUGCAUGCAGUGUUCUGGGAUUCAUAGAAGCCUUGGAGUACACAUAUCAAAGGUGAGAUCAGCCACCCUGGACACAUGGCUUCCGGAUCAGGUUGCGCUUAUUCAAUCCAUGGGAAAUGAGAAAUCAAAUAGUUACUGGGAAGCUGAGCUGCCUCCCAACUAUGAUAGAGUCGGAAUAGAGAAUUUCAUUCGUGCAAAGUAUAUAGAGAGGAGAUGGGUUCCCAGGGAUGGCAAAACAAAAUCAUCUUCAACUAGAAAAGAAGAGAAGAUUUCAGUUUAUAAACCCGACCCUGGGACUAGUAAUGGCGUCCGAUAUCCCGACAGUUUUAAGCAGUCUCUCGAGGAGGGGAGCAGCUCUCAUCCGCCUAAGACAUCUAGAAAUGUUCCUUCUACAAAUAUUCAAAAUCCUGUUUCCGCUGAAGCAUCUCAGCAGGACACUACUGAUCUAAUAAAGCGAGAAGUACAAAACCCCGAAACUGCAGCUUGGAAGAGUGAAUCAGGAAAACGGGGAGCUACUGCUGCCACAGCUUCUUCCGAACCCAAGGUUGAUUAUGCCACUCAACUUUUCCACUUGCUCUCCAUGGAUGAUUAUGGAGAAAAUGGCUUCAAGCCCUCUAUUGCUGGUCAAAAUGGAUGGGCAGAAUUCCAGUCCGCUGGACAAGCGUCAACAGAUGGGAAAAGCAUUCAAUCGAAUCCAGUUGGAAGCGAGUUCCUAUCAAAAUCUGGAUUCGAGGACUUAUUUGGAGAUCUACAGUGGGUCACAACCCCAACUUUUCAUAAGCCUCCAGAAGAUGCAAAGAAAGACAUUAUGGAUCUUUUUGACAAGUCGACUAUGGUGUCCCCCGUUUCUGUCCCUCAACAACUUCCACUGCUACCUCAACAACACCAUCUUCUCAAGCCUUUUGGGGUGUCUCCAACUUUCCAUGGUAGUUCACAUCUGUACGGGCCUAAUGGUAAGGACUUUCCCACGCAGAUUCCAGGAAGCAGUGGCAAUCAAGUCCCUCGAGUGAUGGUUCCAAUGCCUGACCUAAAAGAAUGUGUGCAGACGAGGAACACCCUACCUUCAGUAGUUGCAGGGGCUGCUGCUUUUGUUCCGACGCGCGGCGUGUGUUCUACAGGGCCACCGGCUCUGGUCAACUAUGAAACGGCCGGCGCCACGAGAACCCCGGCUCCGACAUUUCCAGCACCAGCAACUGUUUCAACUCAAUCAGGAAGAGAUAAUGAUUUUUCAUCGUUAGUGCAAGGCAUGUUCAGCAAGAGACUCUGAGUGUGGAACUUGAAACAGAUGUAAACUAACAUGCAUUCAAAUGAAAUUUCAUUUUCACAUUGAGGUUUGAUUUAGCAUAGAAGUUCUCUCUGGUUUAGGUUUGAUCUUCAUUAGCAUGCUUUUUAGAUGCCCUUCUUUUUCUACCGUGAUGGGAAGUAAUUGGUUUUGAAGAGAUGUCCAAACCUCAUGGGCUGUUGCUGUUUCAGCUUCAAAAAUAAGACUUAGUGCCUCUUCCUUCAUGGUGCCGAGAAGCCAAGAGGAAAGGAGGCCGUCGUUGUUGAGCCAAAGCUUGUAUUGCUGAUUUGGACUCUUCUUCCCCGAUUCAUCCUCGAUUUCUUCAGCUGGUCUUUCUUCACUAGUGAGAUGGUGAAGAAUUCUCAAGCUUCGAACCAACGGUAGGAUUUGCGAACGCCAUAGCAGAAAGUUUGAUGUGUUUAGCUUAAUUGAGAUCAAGUUAGAACAUUGGUGAAAAGACUGAAUGUUCAAUUCUGGUUCAUUUUGUGAAACAGAAGAGGAGGAAGACAUGAUUUCAGGCUUGCAAGCUUUCCGCUCUGAUACCAUGAGAAGAUUCAAUAUUUUUGUGUAGAGAAGGUGUUGCCUUUCAUUAUGAUUCUAUACAUGAUUUAUACACCAAGAGUUGCUAAUUCUCGGCAAGAAAUUACAGCUUUAAAACCCAUGAUUUAUGGCUAAAAAUGUCUGAAAAUGAGUCCUAAAGUUAUGGAGUUGAUCAUUAUCUUCAGAGAUUUCCUUCAGCGAUUUUCUUUGGCAUAUGUUUGUCCAUCUGUUGUGCCUUUAUCUUCAGUAAUUU